AUGCCUGUGGUCGAAGAAGAAACCGGGUCGAACAACUUCGGUCGCCGGUUUCCGGUCGCCGGUCGCGAAGAAGAGGAGGGUCGGGAGGGUUCGCGAAGAAGACGUGUCGGAGCAGUUCCGGGAGGAGGAAGAAGGCGCCUUGGGAAGAAGAAGGGGUUUAGGGAUUUAGAUAUUGAUUUGUUCAACUACAUUUGUUCAUUGGUGAAGGAUGAUUGGGUGAAAAAAUGUUCUUAUUUCAUUGAUAUUCAUGGGAAGCCAUUGUCACUUGAUGAUUGUGUAGCCAUUGCUCUAAAAAGGCUUAGUUCAGGAGAUUCACUCUCAAUUGUUGGUGAUUCACUUGGAGUUAACAAAUCAACAGUUGCCCAUAUAACUUGGCGGUUUGUGGAGGUCAUGGAGGAAAGAGGUCUCCACCAUCUCAGUUGGCCGACUAGUGAAUCCGAAAAUGAAGAGGUAAAGUCCAAAUUCUUCGACAAAACAGGGCUGCCCAACUGCUGUGGGGUGAUCGACACGACUCGCGUCUUGAUGAGUUCCUCGCUCGACAAAUCGAAUGGAGUUUGGUGUGAUAGUGAAAACAAUCAUAGUAUGCUCCUACAAGCAAUCGUAGGACCCGAUAUGAGAUUUCUUGACGUGGUUACUGGUUGGCCGGGGAGCUUGUCUGAUUCUGUCGUGCUGAGGAACUCGAGUUUCUUUACACUUGUUGAAGAAUCAAAGCGGCUAAGUGGAAGGAAAAUAAAGAUAACAUUGGAGGAAGAAUUUGGAGAAUAUUUAGUGGGGGGCGAAGGUUAUCCUCUUUUGCCUUGGCUACUUACUCCCUAUAGAGGAAAGGAGCUUUCGGAUUCCCAAAUUGGGCUCAAUAAAAGGAUUUAUGAUGCACAAGUUAUAGCGAAAAGAGCGUUUACUCGGUUGAAGGAGAAUUGGAGGAUUAUUCAAGGGGUGAUGUGGAGGCCCGAUAAGAAUCGUUUGCCAAGGAUCAUUCUCGUGUGCUGCAUUUUGCAUAACAUACUCAUCGAUUUUGAGGAUGAGGUGCAAAUGAACAUGUCGGCUUCUAAUGAUUCGAUAUUAUACAAGCCUCGAGUUUACAAAGACAAUGACAAGUGUGGUCUUAGGGAGAUGGUGUGUCUCCACUUAUCGAAGAAGGUCCACCCUUCUCAAUAGAAGAUAAGUACAUUGUUUUUCAAUUUAUUCAUUUAU